AUGUCAUUGGUAGGUACCCUGCACAAGGAAAGGUCUAACAGCCAGGUUCUUAGAUUCAGAUCCAAAGAUGGCGUGUUUCGCUUGAACACCAAUCAAGGUGCCAGCUUUGGCUCUGUGCUCGACCAAUUGGCCUCAAAGUUGCCCCCAUUUAAACCAGAAUCACUUAGAUUGGCCUCCAAUCCCGGUGAUCAAGGACAGUUGGCAUUGGAUAUCAAGGACCAAUCAGUACAAGGAUUAAAUCUCAAGCAUGGAGAUAUGCUCUAUCUGACUUACGAACCAGCUGAGGCCAGUAACUCAGUGAGUAUCAGCGAAGUCAAGACCACAAACACAGUCAAACAGCUACCCAUCGAUGACAUCUACGACAAAGAGGAAGGUCUCAUUCCAAGAAAAAGGACUUCACUCUGUAAGCAUACAGAUAAGGGGAUGUGUGAGUAUUGUUCGCCAUUGCCGCCUUGGGACAGAGGAUACCAGCAGGAACAUAAUAUCAAACAUAUUUCAUUCCAUGCUCAUAUCAACGAGCUCAACUCUUUGACGAACAGAAAAGAGUCAGGAUCAUCUUACAUCUCGCCACUUUCAGAGUCCAAUUUCAAGAUUAACAAGAAUUGUCCCGCGGGCCAUGAUCCUUGGCCAAAAGGAAUUUGUUCCAAAUGCCAGCCGUCCGCGGUCACUCUUCAGAGACAAAAUUUCAGAAUGGUGGACCAUGUGGAAUUCCAAGAUAGUGAAAUUAUCAACGAAUUUAUCAACGCCUGGAGAUUAUCCGGAACCCAGAGGAUUGGCCUCAUGCUCGGCUCAUAUGACAGGUACGAGAAAGUGCCUUUAGGAAUCAAAGCUAAGGUCGAGGCUAUAUAUGAGCUUCCACAGGUGGACCAAGAGGACGGCAUUAUACUACAAAACUGGGAAGAAGAAGAGCAGAUACUGUCUCUGAUCAGGAAACUAGAUCUGCAGCCGGUCGGCAUAAUUUUUACAGAUCUGCUUGACGCCGGAAGCGGGAAUGGAUCUGUGAUUUGCAAAAGACACAAGGACUCCUUCUUUCUCUCUUCCUUGGAGGCCAUUUUUGCUAUAAAGUGGCAACUCAAAUUUCCCAACAUAUGUAAAUGGUCAGACUCGGGGAUAUUCUCCUCCAAGUUCGUCACCUGCGUGAUCUCCGGGAACACCAGUGGCGAGAUCGACAUAGAAGCAUAUCAGAUUUCCGAGAGUGGAGAAGGCCUGGUCAAGGCUGAUUUGAUUAGCCCUUCCACACAUCCAAACGAGGUGUACAUCAACGAGCAGAACGACGAAAGAUAUGUUCCUGAGAUCUUUUACCAAAAAAUCAACGAGUACGGGUUACAAGUCAAACAACAUGCUACCCCUAGCUUCCCUGUUGAAUACCUGCUGGUUUCAUUGACUCACGGAUUUCCUGAACGGUCAUCGCCAUUUUUCAAAGCUGGUGCUACGAACAAGUUCCCUAUCGAAAACAGGUCCUAUAUUGGAGAAUCCGCCUCGAUGCCUAUCCUGAAGAACUAUUUGAGCUCUAUCAAUGGCGAUGACCUUAGCGUUUUGGCUACCCUUAUUAGCAAUUUCCAUUUGCUGGUAUAUUUUACGCUCAACCAAGAUAUUUUAAGCGGACAUGAAUACGAGCUGCUGGUGGAAAUUGUACGGAAGUUGGGCAAGGGCGAGGAGGUCCUGCCCGACUGCUACAAGCUGAUUGACAGCGACGGCUGGAGGACGCUUCAAACGAUCUUGCAAGUUGGCUACUAG